GUGGCCGUGAGUCAGCAUGGCGGAGGUGGAUCUUGCAACGAAGCAGGAUGGCCAGGUGGUUACACCAUGGGAGGUGGAAGCAGACGGCGAGGAAGGCAUCGACUAUGACAAGCUCAUCGAUCGCUUUGGGUCUCAGCGAAUCUCUCCUGAGCUCAUCGAGAGAAUGGAAAGGCUGACUGGAGUCAAAGCACACCCGUGGCUGCGCAGGGGAAUCUUCUUCUCCCACAGAGAUUUUGAACAGAUUCUUGACUUGUACGAACAGAAGAAGCCUUUCUACCUUUACACGGGAAGAGGCCCUUCAUCUGAUGCGCUCCACAUGGGCCAUCUUAUCCCUUUCAUGUUCACGAAAUGGCUGCAAGACACCUUCGACGUGCCUCUGGUGAUCCAAAUGACGGAUGACGAGAAGUAUCUGUGGAAAGGCGACCACGAGACCAACACGAUCGAGAAGUUUUAUGAGCUGGGAAAGGAGAAUGCAAAAGACAUCAUAGCGUGCGGGUUCGACAUCAACAAGACUUUCAUCUUCUCAAACCUCGAGUACAUUGGACACAUGUAUCCCACCAUCGUUCGGAUUGAGAAGGCUGUCACGUACAGCCAGGCCAAGGGGAUCUUUGGGUUUACUGACAGCGACAACAUUGGAAAGCAUUCGUUCCCAGCCAUUCAGGCCGCUCCUUCCUUUCCUGUAGCGUUCCCUCACAUCUUCGGAAACGACACGGAGCCGUUGUGCCUCAUCCCGUGUGCCAUUGAUCAGGAUCCUUACUUCCGAAUGACCCGUGACGUGGCCCCGCGUCUCGGGUGGAAGAAGCCAGCGCUCCUCCAUAGCAAGUUCUUUCCUGCGCUCACCGGCUCGAAGACAAAAAUGAGCGCGUCUGACGCGUCGACAACGAUUUAUGUCUCCGACACCCCAGACAUGAUCAAGACCAAGGUGAACAAGUAUGCGUUCAGUGGAGGACAGGUUUCCCUCGAAGAUCAGAAGAAUACUGGAGCAAACUUGGAAGUCGAUGUCGCCUACCAGUGGAUGCGAUUUUUCUGCGACGACGACUCUGUCCUUCAGAAGAUAGAACAGGAAUAUGGUCCAGGACCAGUCCGUGCUGGCAACAAGAUGCUCACAGGAGAGGCCAAGCAGCUGCUCAUCUCCACUCUCCAACCCAUCAUUUCAAGACAUCAGCAGGCAAGAGCUGCUGUCUCGAAUGAGAUGGUAGAAACCUUCAUGACCCCCAGAACUCUGAAAUUCACGAGAUGAAGUCUCUCGAUUAGGAAGCAGAAAAUAAACAUGUCGCAAGGAAC